AACUUGGGUCUGUCGGAGAUUUUUGAACUGCGAAGAUGUUGAGAAGAUUACUGACGCAAACAUCCUCUCCUCGCCGUCUUCUCUCUUCCAAGACUCCCUUCUUCUCAAAACCCUCUCUUUCACCGUUUUCCUCAUUGCCCUCUUCACCGGAUCCACCUUCCUCGGCGAGUAGUCAUGUCGAGGAGUCAGGUUCCUCCGCCGCCGCCGGAACAACCAUCUCCGUCGACCGUUCCGCUCUCUUCAAUCCCCCCGACCACUCUCAUGAACCCACACCAGACUCCGAGCUUGUUAAGCACCUAAAGAGCGUCAUCAAGUUUCGUGGUGGGCCAAUCUCAGUGGCGGAGUACAUGGAGGAGGUGUUGACUAAUCCUAGAUCAGGUUAUUACAUGAACCGUGAUGUGUUUGGAGCUCAGGGUGAUUUCAUUACUUCUCCUGAAGUUAGCCAGAUGUUUGGCGAGAUGAUUGGUGUUUGGACUGUCUGUCUUUGGGAGCAAAUGGGAAAGCCAGAGAGGGUUAAUCUCAUUGAGCUAGGUCCAGGUCGUGGAACGCUCAUGGUUGAUCUCCUUCGUGGUACAUCAAAGUUUAGAAAUUUCACGGAGUCAUUGCAUAUACACUUGGUGGAGUGCAGUCCCGCGUUGCAGAAGCUUCAGCACCAGAAUCUGAAGUGCACAGAUGAAAGUAGUUCUGAGAAGAAAGCUAUAAGUUCACUAGCUGGGACACCUGUGCAUUGGCAUUCUACUCUUGAAGAGGUACCAUCAGGAGUACCAACAAUAAUCAUAGCUCAUGAGUUUUAUGAUGCUCUUCCAGUUCAUCAGUUUCAGAAAUCUCCCAGAGGUUGGUGUGAGAAGAUGGUUGAUGUGGGAGAAGAUUCACAGUUCCGCUUUGUUCUAUCCCCACAGCCUACACCUGCAGCCUUAUAUCUCGUGAAACGUAGUACAUGGGCUACACCUGAGGAAAAGGAGAAGCUCGAGCAUGUCGAGAUCAGCCCGAAGUCAAUGGAUUUGACUCAAGAAAUAGCCAAGAGAAUAGGCUCUGAUGGAGGUGGAGCACUUAUAAUCGAUUACGGGAAGGAUGGAAUCAUUUCAGACAGUCUUCAGGCUAUUAGAGAACACAAGUUUGUCAACAUACUGGAUGAUCCGGGGUCUGCGGAUCUAAGUGCUUAUGUCGAUUUCCCUUCGAUAAAACACUCUGCUGAGGAAGCGUCAGAAAAUGUGUCAGUCCAUGGACCUAUGACUCAGUCUCAGUUCUUGGGUUCGCUUGGAAUAAACUUCAGAGUUGAUUCGCUGCUACAGAACUGCGACGAUGAGCAAGCCGAGUCUUUGAGGUCAGGAUACUGGAGGCUUGUUGGAGAUGGUGAAGCACCUUUCUGGGAAGGACCUGAUGAACAGACGCCGAUUGGAAUGGGGGAGAGGUAUCUUGCAAUGGCUAUUGUCAACCGAAACCAAGGCACGCCGGCUCCUUUCCAGUAACAAAGAUUUAAACUUUCAGACAGGGACACACCACUCUUUUGUUUCUUUUUUCUUUGAACUUGGCUCAUCAUAAAUCUCAGGGUAAAAGAAAUAAAAAUCUUUUGAAUU